UGACACUACUAAACGGUAAGAAGUAAUAGUUUUUAAUUUCUUGAGAAAUAUCUAAAUAGUGUUUAUUUUUAUUUUCCAAAUCAGGCUUAAGGAAAAUGAGCGAAAAAGGCUUAGUUAUGCGAAACCUGCUAAUAGGUAGUGUCCAAUAUUUAUUUAAUCAUUCAUAUCAACUCUCAGUAUUUAAAUCAACUUCGUAAUCUCUUUAGAACUAAAACAUUAACACGGCAGAAAAUAUACAAUGCUAAGUAAGUGAUUUGUAGAUAGCAUCAUACUAAAAAAGUAUAAAAACAUACUCUUAUUUAUUAUUUUCCUUGUAUAGAGAAGACGUAAAGGUAUGGUACUCGACGGAAAGUGCUUAAACUUUUCUAGAGAAAAUUAAAUAUUAAUAUUUUGGAUGCAUUUUUUUAACACGAUUUUGUAAGGUGAGACGACGCGAGUUAGUUACUACUGAUGAAUAUAGAGAGAAACGUCUGGCACAACAAAAUUCAGAGGAAGCUAAGUAAGUCAAUUUGUGUCUACAGAAAAAUGGUAAUUUUUUUUAUGAUAUGUUUGCAUAGACAACUACGCCGAGAACGACAGUCCACGGAUGAAUUCAAAAAGAAAAGGAACGAGAAAGACAGAGAAAAAUACCGGACUGAUGAAAAUUUCAGGAACCGGAUCAAAGCCAAGUCAUAUGAAUACAACAGGAUGCGCGUUGAAAAUGGUCUUCCUCUGCACACGACCAAACUUGACGACAACGCUUUGCUCGAGUGGUUGGACCUUCACCCAAACGUUGGACUUUUGCACGCAGGAGUGUCCUUUGAAGAGUAUGUAAAGUCGUUGACUUUGAAUGAUCUUCAGAAGGAGUUCCCAGAAUUCGUUUCAGACACCUUUCUCAAGAAAAAAGACUAUUGCGUCUACAUCAACACGUUCUUUGACUGGGAGCAAGUCAAAGGGAAGACACUGGGAGAGAUCGAGAAAAUCGUCCGUGCUGCAGAAGAUGAUAAGACCAAGAAAAUGGGGAUUUAUGUAGGCAAGUACGGCGGAGGGCAAAAGUCAAGACCAGGACACAAGUAUGAGGGAGCUUGUUUUGAAUUCCUGGAGGAAAAUGAAGGAUCAGUUGGCUUUACAACUUUCAUUAUCAAUUGCAACGUGGGCUGUAUUAAAACAGCAAGUGGAGAAAAACUUCGUCAACUCGUGACGGACUCUGAAGCAUUUGCUUCUAAACUGGAAGCAUUUAUAAUUGUGAGUAGUUUUACCUGUUUUUAGAAAUAUCGAUUAAGUAUCACAAUUGAUUACACUAAUAGUUAUUUUAUUAUGAGUUGUAGGAAUUUGGCUUUUCUCGAGAAAUUCAUCCCUUCCAAGGAAUGCGCCAGUUCCUGAUCAACAAGAAGAGGGAACCCUUGGAUGAGAAAUCUAUAAAGAACGCACAACGGCUGGCGAAACAAGCCUCAAUU